AUGACGUCUUCUUCUUCUUCACAUAUUUCUACUAGUAUGAAGAAAUCUGGAAAGAAAAUAGCUACUGGUUUUAAUAACAAGUCUACCAAUGACGAUACGAUAAAACGUAGAAACAAUAACAAAGGUCAUCCUAGAGAUAGUGAUAACGAUGAAAUUGUCGAGACCACCCCGGAUAAAGUGGAAGAAAAAGCUCUCAAAUUAAAACCUGCCACAUCCUCUUCAUCACCUUUAUACAAAUUGGAAUCAAUCAUAAUGCCGAUAAUAUUCACAGCUUUGGGGUUCUUUUCAAGAAUGUAUAAGAUAGGUAUAAAUGAUCACGUCGUUUGGGAUGAAGCUCAUUUCGGUAAAUUCGGUUCCUACUACUUAAGGCAUGAAUUUUACCAUGAUGUCCAUCCACCUUUAGGUAAAAUGCUAGUGGGUCUCUCCGGUUACUUAGCAAAUUACAAUGGAUCUUGGGAUUUCCCCUCAGGUGAAAAAUACCCUGAUUAUUUAGAUUACGUGAAAAUGAGAUUGUUCCAAGCAACCUUCUCUGCUCUUUGUGUCCCAAUCUCAUAUUUCUUAGCAAAGGAAAUCGGAUUCUCUAUCCCCGUUGUUUGGUUGUUUACUUGCUUGGUCAUUUGCGAAAAUUCUUAUGCUACUUUGGGAAGAUUCAUCCUAUUGGAUUCCAUGUUAUUAUACUACACCGUUGCAUCCGUUUGGUUCUUCGUCAUGUUCCAUAAUCAAAAGAAAACUCCAUUCUCAAAGAAAUGGUGGAUCUCUUUGGCUUUAUUGGGAUUCCAUUUAGGCUGUGCCAUCUCAGUCAAAAUGGUCGGUUUAUUCAUUAUUACAUUGGUAGGAAUAUACACUGUCGUUGAUUUAUGGAAUUUGAUCCCCGAAACAAGAUCAGCGGCUCAAAAGGAUAAGAAUGCUGCUGCCUGGUGGAAAACUUAUACCAUGCAUUGGAUUGCAAGAAUUAUUUGCUUGAUUAUCAUCCCAUUCUUAGUAUUCUUGACUUGUUUCAAGAUUCAUUUCGUUUUAUUGUCACAUUCCGGUACAGGCGACGCUAACAUGCCAUCAUUAUUCCAAGCUACUUUAGAAGGUUCUGAUGUUGGUAGGGGUCCACGUAAUAUUGCCCUGGGUUCAUCCACCGUUUCAAUUAAGAAUCAAGCAUUAGGUGGCGCCUUGUUACAUUCUCAUGUACAAACUUACCCUGAAGGUUCCAACUUACAACAAGUCACUUGCUAUUCUUAUAGUGAUUCGAACAAUGAUUGGUUUUUCGAUAACAUCAGAUCUAGAACACCAUACAAUGAAUCUGAUCCAAACCAACCUUUAGAAUUCAUUGAACCAAAUAAACCUUAUCGUUUAGUUCAUAAACAAACAAGGAAAAACUUACAUGUAUCACCAAAUGUUCAUGCUCACGUCUCUAAGAAUGAUUUAGAAGUUGCAGGUAACGGGUACGGAUUCGAACAGGGUGAUAAUGGUGAUAAUUGGAUCAUUGAAAUUAUAGAUCAAAAAUCUUCCAAAUCUGAAAAUACUUCUCAAAUUCAUCCACUAACAACAACUUUCCGUAUCAAGAAUAUCGUCUCUGAUUGUUAUUUAAUCCAAACUGAACAUAAUUUACCUGAUUGGGGGUAUAGACAAAGUGAAGUUACUUGUUCUAAAAAGGUUUCCAAAACUGAUUUAAGAGCAUAUUGGAACGUUGAAACUCAUGAAAAUGCAAAUUUACCAACACCAACUGAAGAUGAAUUCCAUUACCCAAAGACAAAUUUUCUUUCAGAUUUCAUUUAUUUAAACAAGAUUAUGAUGAGAACAAAUAACGCUUUAGUCCCAGAUUACGAUAAAUAUGAUUCAUUGGCAUCAGAUGCAUGGCAAUGGCCAACCCUUAACGUUGGUCUUAGAUUAUGUGGCUGGGGUGAUGAUCAAGUUAGAUACUUCCUAUUAGGGUCCCCAUUUUCCACAUGGCCUUCCACUAUCACUGUAGUCAUGUUGAUGAUUUUAAUCGUCAUUUUCAUUUUCAGAUGGCAAAGACAAUUACAUAAUUUCGCUAACGAAACUGCAAUGGAUACUUUCAUGAUGGGUGCAUUCUAUCCAUUAUUAGGUUGGGGUCUACAUUAUAUGCCAUUUGUUAUCAUGGCAAGAGUCACCUAUGUGCAUCAUUAUUUACCUGCGCUAUAUUUCGCAUUGAUCAUUUUGGCUUACUUCUUCGAUGCCAUGUUGAAAAGAUUUAGAUUCAAUUGGCUAGUCAUGUCCAUUUUUACUAUUUAUUUUGUGGCAAUGAUCGCUGGAUUCGUUUAUUUCUCUCCAAUUAGUUUCGGGAUGACUGGUCCUGUCUCAGAUUACAAAUACUUGAAUUGGUUAUCCACUUGGAAAAUCAUCAACAAUGAUUAA